UUCACCAAAGAUUUUUCUCUCUGUUUUUUCCUUGUUUCGAUAUCUAGAGCUUUUUCUGUGUUAAGGGUUGUUAUCAAGAUUCAGAAAAAAUGACUGGUGGUGGAGCAUCGACUAAGGCAUCGAAUGGUGGUCCUACUAGAGUGAGGAAGAGGGUUGAAGUUGAAUCUGCUGCUGCUGCUGCUAGUCUUAAGCGUGCUAAGGAUGGAAGUGCUUUUGCUCGUUGUGAAGAAUGCAGCAAAGAUGUGCCUAUAGCAUUGAUUAGCUUCCACAAUUGUAGCCUUGAUGCCAAAAUUAAGAUGAACUUGGAGGCUCAAGUUGUGGAAAAUCAGACUGAAGUGAAGAAACCAGCAGCAAAGAGCAAGGAGAAAUCAACAGAGCCAAAGCCUAAAAGGGAAAAGAAACCCAAGAAUCCAAAUGCUCCUAAACGGCCUCCUACUGCUUUCUUCGUGUUCAUGGAUGAUUUUAGACAGACAUUUAAGGCUGCAAAUCCUGAUUGCAAGAGUGUCUCCACGGUUGCUAAGGAGGGUGGUGAGAAAUGGAAGUCCAUGACUGAUGAGGAGAAAAAACCAUAUCAGGAAAAGGCUGCAGAGCUCAAAGCAGCAUAUGAGAAAGCCUUAAAGUCUAACACUGAUGCUGAUAAUGCCAAUGAUGACGAUGAGGAGCCUGAGAAGGAAGUAAAGGAUGAAAUAGUGGUAGAUGAGGAAUAGAGCUGUUAGUUUUUGAAUUGGUGUCACUAUCUUCAAGAUUCUUGAAUUGACUAGUUUCGAGAGCUUAUGUAAAUUUUUGAUUCAAUUGUCAACUUAGUCCUACUUGACGUAGUUAUAUAUGAAAAUUAUGGUUUAGUUCUUG